AUGAUACCUUCUGGUGGUGACGAACAGCGGAUGGCUGAACAGCACCAAGCUCAGAAAGAGGAGAUGGAAAGGAAGCAAAAGGAAAUGAAAAACGAUUUCCUUCGUCAGAUCCUUGAUCAGCAAGCUAGAGCUAGACUAAAUACCCUUGCUAUGACCAAGCCGGAACAUGCUAAGAGAGUUGAAGCAAUGUUGAUAAAUAUGGCACAAAGAAAUCGUUUAGUUGGUCAGAUCACCGAUGACCAACUGAAGAGUAUGCUAAGCGAUAUUGCUUCACAAACGAAAAAGACAACAGAAGUGAAGUUUGAUCGGCGAAGAAACGCAAUCGACUCCGAUGACGAUGACUUUUAA